AUGCAGGCCUCUCCGUCGACGCUUAAACUCGCGAGUCUGUGCGUCUUAUGCGGCCAAAACAGUUUACUGGCCAUCUUGAUGCGACUGUCAAGAGUAGGCGACUAUCCGCGCUUUAACGCUGCCACGGCCGUGUUUGUAGGGGAAGCACUAAAGCUGCUCACGACAUUUGCCGUGCUCAUCUAUGAGUUUAGUGCACUGAAGAAGGUGCAUCGGAGGAAACGCAUGAGCGAUUCCUUUCGUGCGAUCACCAACACGGGUGAAUUGCUGCGUGUGAGUGUACCAGCGACGCUCUACGUCGUGCAAAAUAAUUUGCAGUACGUGGCCGUAUCAAAUUUGGAUGCACCCACUUUCCAAGUCAUGAACCAGCUUAAGAUUCUCACGACGACCAUCUUUUCCGUCGUGAUCUUGACGAGAAAAGUGUUGACCAUGCAGUGGGUUGCUAUUGUGACGCUCAUGAUCGGCGUCGCACUCGUGCAGUUGGACGGAGAAUCCUCUGCUGCCACUCUGAAAACCGAUCGGACAGUGUCGAGCACGACAAAGGGACUGCUAGCAGUGGUGGCGGCUUGUGUCUGCUCUGGCUUUGCUGGUGUGUACUUCGAAAAGAUUUUGAAAGGCAGUGGCUCUAGGACCACGUUAUGGGAACGCAACGUGCAGUUGUGUUCUCUCGGAUUGAUACUGUCUGGAAGUGGCCUCGUAUACUAUGAUCUCGAGUCGAUCGUGACUCGCGGAUUUUUCUAUGGCUAUCGUCCCGUGGUUUGGGCAGCCAUCGGUCUCUCGGCUUUCGGUGGCUUGCUUACGGCUGUAGUCGUUAAGUAUGCCGACAACAUUCUAAAGGCAUUUGCUACGUCUAUAGCUGUGGUACUCUCAGUUAUCAUGUCGAUAUUCGUCUUUGACAAGAUACCAACGGGCCAAUUCGUGAUCGGAGCUAUAAUCGUCAAUGGCUCCGUAUACGCAUUCGGCAAAGCUCCAGAGUGGUGCAAACCUCAUCUCGAAUCCGCACGUCGAAAAGGCUCGAAUGUUGAAGUCAAACACAUUGCAUAA